AUGCUUGUUCUCAUCGCCGGUAUCACAGGUAGCCUUGGACAGCGGCUGGCUUCGAAUGCCAUCUCACGAGGUUUAUCUGUUCGAGGACUUGGUCGAGAUGCUUCAAAACUUGAGCCGAGUUUAUCCAAGAAUCUUGAGUCGUUUGUCACCAGCACCAGCUGCUACGACCAAGCUGCACUUGAUCAAGCCGUCCAGGGGGUCGACGGAAUCAUUUGCUGCUACGCGCCCAACCCAGUUCUUAACAUGGACGGCGCCCUGUUGCUUCUUCGCGCUGCUGAAAAGGCUGGAGUAAAGGUUUUUGUCGCCCCGUCGUGGAACAACGACUGGAGCAAGCUCAAGUUUGGAGAUUUUACGCACUACGACACACACAUCGCCUUUGAGCAGCACGCUGCCGUGACGAGCUCCAUCCGCCCCGUCUACUUUUUCACGGGGAUGUUUUCUGAUCUUCUCCUCACCAAUUACGGCCCUGGGUCAUUCACCCUGGAUGAUCAGGGCAAGGCAACGCUUGAAUACUGGGCCGAUGGGAACACUCGCAAGUCAUCGUGGUCAUCCCAAGAUGAUGUCGCCGCCUGGACAAUCGAGAUUUUCCUCAACGGAGAGGGCGUCCAAGAGGGAAAGGGCGGAUUCUUUCGGUUUCGCUCUGGAGAGGUUAGCAUGGAAGAGCUUGCGGAUGUAUACAGCCGCAUCUCUGGCCGCGAAAUCGAGCUCAAGCGCGUGGGAAGCUUGGAGGAUCUUGAGAGG